CUAUUUUAGUGUAACACGAUCGAUUCAAAACAUCCGGCUUUUAGCAUGUAGUUGACCUCAAGAGAUUUCACGCUGACAUUUUGACAAAUAGCAGUAACCGAUGACGUGUGAAGUUGCCGAGACGUGCUAAGCAGGACGAUGGCUUCUUAUCUUUGUCCAUUUGGGGUUGUUGUAAUGCUGUCGUCGACAUUUAGCUUGUUGACGUUAGCUUGAAGCCUGGCUAUACAAGUGUCCAUUCGUCUUCCUUUAAGGGGCAGCUGAAAUCUACGAGGAGAUGUAUUUGGUGGGCCUGACGGGAGGCAUUUCCUCAGGAAAAAGCACGGUAUCGUCGAUGUUGCGUGAACUUGGUUGCCCCAUCAUCGACGCAGAUGUUGUGGCCCGGAAAGUGGUGGAGCCCCGCUCGCCAGCCCAUUCACGUAUCAUCUUCCACUUUGGGCGCGAGGUGCUGCUGGAGAGCGGCGAGAUCGACCGGCAGAAGCUGGGCCGUCUCAUCUUCGCCGACGAGGAGAAACGCAAGCUGCUCAACUCCAUCACACACCCGGAGAUCCAUAAGGAGAUGCUCAAGCAGAUCCUCUUCUACUUCAUCAGAGGGUAUCGCUACGUGGUGCUGGACGUACCGCUUCUCUUUGAAGCCAGAAAGCUCACGCAGUUUCUCAACCACACUGUUGUUGUUUACUGCGAUCCGGCCACCCAGCUGGCGCGCCUGAUGCAGCGAGACGACCUGACGGCGGAGGAGGCCGAGCAGCGGCUGGCGGCGCAAAUGCCGCUCAAGGAGAAACGCGGCCUGGCCAGCCACGUUAUCGAGAACUCGGGCACGCGCGAGGACACCCAGCGCCAGGUGCUGCAGCUGCACACCAAGCUGGAGGACUCCAUGGACUUCCUCCCUGUGCGGGUGCUGGCUGUGACCGCCGCCGCCGGCCUGGGCGCGAUGCUCCUCUACGCCGUCAAGAUGCUUUUGUCCUAGCGGAUGACAGCAAAGAGGCAAGUGGUUAGUCACUGGAGCCCCCUUCUCACGGGAUUUAGAAGGACAAAGCAUGCACUUUAAUCACUAAUCAACUGACACUCACUUUAUUAAAUACAUUUUAGCAGUCAUGGUUGCUGUCCAAGGUUUUAAUUGGCCGGCGACAAUCCAUUUAAAAUUGCUAAAUCCGGCACGGUUUUCUGUAUAUUCUCAAAACCAAUAAUGUUUUUAAGAAACCUCCACAAGGAGUAUUGGAUUGUUUAACUGAACGUAAACUGCUCAUAAAAAGACAAUUCUGAUGAAUUGUGAGUGACUCCA